CUUGUUUGAUGCCAAGACAUGUGACUGCCUUGCAAUCAAAGCAUCUCACUUGAUUCACAUUGACCUCUUUCAUGCAUCCUGCACCUACGUUCGAUCAACCUUUGUUUCCUUCAGUUUGAGUUGACGCACAGCUGGUCUGUAUAUUGUGUGAGUUGACAAGAUGGUUGCCAUUUUUGUUGUUCAUUCUGCAGUUGGUGAGAAUAGCGUCACCGAGCUACCAUUGCAUGGCGACUCCAGCAUUUGGUAUCUGCCUAAUGACCCAGAAGGUGGUCCGAUCGAGUUGAGUGCUGAAUCUGACGAAAAACACUCUCUGAUAUGCCUUGAGGUACAUUCAGAUGUUGUUCUGCUUCGUGUGUUCAAGCACGUCGAGUGUUUUGUGCUUGGCGACUCGGGCUCCAAGUUCCGCGUCCCUCACUCGACCUCAGGGCAUCUCAAAUCGGUAUUGCUCCGCAGUGACACACAAUUCCUGACCUCAACGCAACAUAGGUGGGCAGUGUUCUGGGACGACGAAAGUGGCAGCAAAUCAAACUCAAUGAGACCGCCUCCCCUACCUAUUGUCAACCUCGAGACCCCAUCCCAAGCACAGAUAAACCAAGACAUAAUGAAGCUCUUGGAUGAUGAGCAAAGCAACUGCACGCCCCCACCCCAAGACAGUUCCUCACAACACACCGCGUCCCCAACACCCCCACGACAUGGGCCUGAAUCACAAAGAGACAUAUCAAUGACAAGCAAUGACGCCAAAGGAUGCACGUCUGAGGAUGGAUUGGCCUCGAUAGGCAGCAUCCUCAAAACUGGACAGGCAGCCGACGAGAUUUGUCAAGAGACAGAAGUGGCCGCUGAGAGACCCAUUCCCAGCGUCCAAGCUGUACCGUCACCUCCUUCGUCAGAACUGGAGACUGCCGAGACAUCUUCCAACCUCGUCGAUGUGGGUCAUGCCCAUAGAGAUGCUGAAACUGCUGCCGAUGCCUGCCUAACCUAUGACACAUUGCCAACGCCCGUAUCCUUGACUUCCUCCAAUGAUGGUGACAGGACACAGGCAUCUAGUACAAUCCUCAAGAAGCGGAAGCUGGCAGAGAUAGAAUCAGACGAUGUCGAGAGUCAAAGCGAUCAGAAUGACGGAAAUCCUUCUCCAGUGGCAGAUUUCGCCAAUAGUAUUCAGUCUGAGGGUAGUGUGGAUGCUGAGCAACGCAAGAAAGGUCGUGGGUCAGCGAGGGGCCAACGAAAGUCGCCUCGCACGCCAAUCCACCCAAACGGUGAUAUCUCCAGCAGCUUUGCCACGACGGACCGAGGCUCACCCAAAAAGCGAAUGAGAAGGGUAUCUUCAGGUUCAUCCCUGGCAACUCAGGAUGCUUUCAAGCCAGUGGUCGUCUUCAGCGGGAACACGGUGGUAGAUCAGGACAAAACCGCUAUGGAAGCUUUCAAACACCUCGGAGGUCGUGUCACCAAAUCCAUCAAUGAGGCGAACAUCCUUUGCGUCCCAGACGGAUCACUGAAGAAGACAAGCAAGUUGAUCAUGGCGGUAGCCAGAGGCAUUGAUAUCGUUACAGAGAGCUGGGUUGUUGAGACACAGCGUUCAGGAUCUUUUCCGGCGGUGGAGGACUUCCUGCCCCAAGAUCCGUCACGAGAACAACUGUGGAAUUUUGACCUCAAGCAAGCACUCCAAAGAGGCAAGGCCGGCCUUACCCAUCUUUUGUCCGGAACGACCGUCAUCUUUUCAAAGCAGGUCAGAACAGACCUUGGGAACCUGGAACGAGAAAUGUCACAAAUCGCGACAAUGUUGGGGGCAGAUGCAGUGAGAAAUCGACUUCCGGCCCUUAAAGACAAAGGGAAGUACAGUGAGAACGACCUGUUGAUCAUCGGUACACCUAAUGAUCCUCAAGGUGCACUUAUCGGACGAUUAGGCAAGAAGUUGUUCAACAAGGACAUCUUGACGAUGGCUGUAUUAAGAGGUGAGAUUGAGCGGGAUUCUUCGGAAUUCCUAGUCGACAUUCCGAUCAAGGAUGAGGAGGAGUAAUUCGAUGACAAGGAGGAGGCGGAUAUGACAUACCACGGAGUGCACGCCGGUACACCGACCUUUAGCUGGCCACAGCGACGUGCGGGAAUGUCCUGGUUCAUCAGAAAUGCAGGUGAAAGGUUAUGGCUUAUGAGUGAGUCAAUAUAAUGAUGACGUCCAGCGGUCUUGGGCAGAAAAAUGAUCGAGUCGAUGGAUUUUAACUGACCCUUUUGCUAUCUCGGGCGCAAGGGGAGAUAGGGAGCUUACAGAUUUGAAAAGCCUAUUUUAUAUGUAAGGAUCAGCCAAAGCACAAUACGACCCG